UGUCGACUCCGUAUAAAAUCAAAACUUUACCAAUCAGAUCUUUUGGUGGGUUUUUUUUAAGAUAGCUUUAGGCUAUUUAGUCUUUGACAUAAUCUAUUUGCAGACAACCGGUCGGCCAUCGGAAUUUACCUAAACGGAAAGCAGUGGAAGGCCUUGAGAGCAGUACAGGCACAUUCAAUUUAAACCGCGACUGCAUUUCGGAUUUACUGCAACAGUCCUCAUUGUAUUCAGUCUCGCGUUUUAUAGAUUACGAUGCACGGUUCAGUGAACCCGUCAUAAAGACUUGUAUUUUCCUAUUAUUAUAUAUGCAGCUGUAUUAACCAUACAUUAGAUAAAAUAGUAGUAAUUAAAACACAUGAGCACCUCAAGCUGUAAUGUCGAUAAAAUGAAAGCGGUAGGUCGAGCGGUACUAAGCGACACUACUAGUUUAACCUGAAGAUGGGCAGAUCAGCAGGUCACCCGGAUGAGGAGGGCCGCCGCUUCCUAACAACAGCUCAACGUGCCACAGAGGGGCGGGCGUGAUGUUCCUAGAAGGAAUUCGAAUCAGCGAUGAUGUAUUUGCCUUUCUGAAUUGGAGUACGGGGCAAUAAAUAAAUAAAUAACAUGGAGGACGACCUAGUAUCAGACGACGACAUAUUGUUGCGUUCAGAAAAGGAUUUUCAUGAUGCUUCCAGAAGGAAUGACACUGAUAAAAUUCAAGAGCUGAUAAAGAAGGGUGUUGAUGUGAAAGCUAAAAACAAUAUAGGCAGAACCGCCUUGCACUGGGCUGCUGGAGCAGGACAUGAACAGGCAUUGCGUCUACUUCUGGAACAUGGUGCUGCUAUUGAUGAUGAAGAUAGUUUUGGAAUGAAUGCACUUCUGCUGGCUUCAUGGUUUGGUCAUCUAAAGAUACUACAAAUCCUUGUGAAUGCUGGAGCUAAGAUUAACUGUGAUAAUAAGAAUGGAAUGAAUUUGCUUCAUUGUGCUGCUCAGAGAGGUCAUAUAAAGGUCUUGGAAUUUAUCAUGGAGGAUCUUGAAGAUGUCUGCAUUGAUAAAGUUGAUAAAAUGGGAAAAACUGCACUUCACCUAGCUGCAGAGCAAGGGCAGCUGGAGGUGGUUGAGUUUCUCAUUGGAUUUGGCUGUGAUCACAGCAUUAAAGAUAAGGAGGAGAACACAGCAAUACAGUUGGCCGCUCAGAGUGGACAUUCUGAGGUUUUGCAAAAGAUUGUGGAGACAGGAGUUGAUAUUAAUGAGAAAAACAGUGAAGGUCUGACGGCAUUACAUUUUGCUGCAAAUGGUGGCCAUGAUAGAUGUGUGAAGCUGUUGUUGGAGUCUUCUUGUGACAUUAAUGCUGUUACAAACAAGGACAUGUCUGCUCUACAUUAUGCUGCGCUUAAUGGACAUGAAGAAAUAACAAAAAUACUUAUUGACAGAGGAAUUAACAUUGAUGCAGUUAAUAGUCAGCAUGCAACAGCAACUCACAUAUCUGUGCUGAACAAUUUUCCAGGGAUGGUUAAACUGCUAAUUGAUGCAGAAUGUGACCUUGAUAUAACUGACAAUCGACAACAGACAGCACUGCAUAUAGCAGCUGAGAAUGGCAGACACGAAAUUGCAGAGGUUAUACUCAUAGCUGGCAUCAACUUGAAGCUAGUUGAUAAGCAAGGAAAGACAUCACUGGAUGUAGCAGCAAGAGGAAAUCAUGUAAAUCUUGUGGAUAUGAUUAUCAAAGCGGACAGAUUCUAUAAAUGGGAAAAUGAUAAUUCAAACAGUGACUCGGAUUCCUGGGUUGCAAAACACUUAACAUUUAAACAAGACCAUCGACUGGAGACUCAACACAUCCGCUCAGUAAUUUGGAGACUGGCAACCAAAUACCUCAGGCCUAAUGAGUGGAAGAAAUUGGCACAUUACUGGAAGUUCACCGAGGCCCACAUCAGAGCAAUAGAGCAACAAUGGACUGGUACAAAAAGUUAUAAAGAGCAUGGACAUCGAAUGCUCCUGAUCUGGCUGCAUGGAGUAGUCAUCACUGGUGAAAAUCCAAUUAAAGGCUUGUAUGAAGGAUUAGUUGACAUUGGGAGGAGAGAUCUGGCAGAAAGCAUCAGAAGAAAAGCAAAUGCUGACUCGAACUCCUCUAAGAAAUGUAUAACCAUGUGAAAGUUCCAUCCAUUCGGCCAAGGCAAUGGACAAACACUCAAACACUUUGUAUUAUCCUUUCUGGUUGUGUGGUGGAGAAUGAAGGAAGAACCUUUUGUCUUAAACAAAAUCAACAUUCAGCAUAAUCUCCAAGAGAAUGAAGAAUCUCAAGUUUAAAGUUUUCUGACAAAGGGCUAAUGAAUCCUCCAUAAACCAAGAAGCCUUUUUUGCUAGUAGUGUUUAAAGCGGCACAAUUUGUGGUUCUAUUCAUUGACUGUUCAUUUUUAAACCACUUCUUUAUUGGCUCAAAUUGUAGUCUUUUAUAUGCUGAUAUCCAACUCAUGUGAUUCCUCUUAGACAAACAACAGCCCAGAAUGAACUGUGAAGACUAAUGUAAAGAAUUUGAAAUAUAUUAUUUUCUUGGAAUCUUUGAUGUACACACCAUGUAGCCUCUGACUUUUGUUGGUCAUAUUGAAAAUGGGCCUGGAUGUGACUGCCUGGACAUCUAAGAACCGAAACACUGUCUUUGAUGUAAUGCAGUAAUUCACAGCAAAAACACAGUACUUUGCAGAAAAUGGCUGUGAAUGUCGGUGCUAGAGUGGUGCCAGCACGCCACUGUUUAUCCUUGGUUGCUAUUGAUUUUCAUUUAAACAUAUUUUGUAAUCGGAUGUCAACACCAUCACUUAAUGUAAGCUUUUGCUUCAAGAAAAUCUUUCACAAAUUAAAUGCUGGAUUUGUA